CAACAAAAAAGGAAAAGAAAAGAAAUUCACAAUAUGAGUAUGUUUAGGCGUAAUUGCUUGAACGCGUUGAGAUCUGUGAGACGUCUCAGCCAUGCUCGAUUUCGAAAUUAUCCAAGCUGCGGCUGUGUCGGAGAUCCCCCUGCACAAUUUUGCGGUUCGGUUGUGGCCCCGAAAGACCAUGCUUAUGUGAUUGAAAGUUUUGAUUGGUACUGGGAGACUCUCAUGCCUGGAGAAUCAGUGAUCCUGUUUCCCUUGACCGAUACAAUUGCUCAUGUGCAAUGUUUCAACUAGAAGCAGCUUAUAGCUCCUGACCACACAGUUUUCACCAACGACCUUUUCCCAAUUACAGUUAGUACGUGGUCUGAUUUCGAUCUCUCAAGGUAAUGUCAUCGAUCAAAUUCUUGAACUCUCCAGGGCUACUACUUGUAUAGGUACUGAGAAUCUCUCUCUCUCUCUCACACACACAAAUUGAGAUGCUCCGCGGGCCUCGUAUCUUCCUGAACAUCCUAUGGCUACAGCUAUUAGGCGUGCCAAGACUGCCAUGCGUUCUGCGGUUGGGAGAGUGGCUUAUGAUAACUUAUAUCUCGAAACACGAUGCAUCAACAAUUUCAUAGUGACUAGUCCUCCCCCGAUUCAUUGGAGUGGUGGGUUUCUGGUGCCCAAUACCCAGGCGGUUGUGAUCGAGCGGUUUGGAAAGUACCCCAAGAACGCUACGACCAGGAAUUCUAUUCCCCUUUCGGUUUCUGCGGAAUUUACAAUGAUGAUUUCGGACCCUGUGCUGGCCUCUUAUGAGGUUGACAAUCCCGUGGUCGAGACUAUUGCUCUUGCGCAGCGUACUCUUCGUUCUGUAAUUGGGCAAUUCACUUUCGAGCACAUACUACAGUGUCGUGGAUACCUUCAUAAUCAUCUAAUUUUUGCACUCGUCCACGAGGUAGGGAGAUGGGGAGUUGCUUGUCGGAGCUUUGAGAUAACUUAUCAGCUGUUUCACCUGAGUUUAAAAAAGUUCUUGAGGACCGGAAGGCAGAGAAACAAAACAAAGGAUUGGCAGAGGUUCUUAGCAUUUCGUCCAAUGCCCAAGCUUGUGCGGGGUAAAGCUAUUCCAGACACCUGUUUGCUCCGAGCUUCUCAAUUCCAUGCAUCAAACCAGACUUAGGUCAUGGACCUUUGCUGGGAGUAAUUUAUUUCCGAGAGAUAUUUUGAGAACAGUUUUCUUGGUCUUACACAUUAUGGUGAAAUCUGGAGCUGACUUGUGACCGAAAAUCUUGUGUUGGAAUGUUGUACACAUCCCGGCUGUUUUACUUUACAACUUCUAAUUCUCCCUGGCUGGUCAUGUGCCUUUUAAACAACAUUAUGGUUGAAAUAGAUUCUAUAUUUCUAUAUGACCUUUUAAACAAACAUUAUCAAUUUCUGUAUGAUCCCUGUAUUGCAAUUUUUGUUUGUGUGGACUGCUUUCUCUUGGCAACUGUUUGGGCUAGGAGGUGAAGAGUUUUUGCCU